AUGCCCCCAGGAUUAGCCCCUGCGGUAUCCGAGCCUUUGCCUCUUGAAGAACAACAAACCUUGUUUGAUACCCUUCAAGAGGCUCUCAUGAUGGCGGAGACUAGAUACCAAACCAGUUUAACUGCUAAAACUGAAGAAGAUAAUCCUUCCUUCAAGCAAGUCGAUGCUCUUUUCGAGGGCCUCCAAGAUACUCUGUAUAGGCUCUGGGCAUGCAAGUCAAGCUUCAUGGUGCAAGCUGCAGAGGCUUUGGCAAACGGAAGUAGGAACCCAUUGUGGCGACUUCCGUACGGACAGAGCGGUGUUUUAACCUUUUUUCUCCAACUUAUUGCUUCAAAGGAGGAUGUUGGUACUGGUCUGCUCCUCCAUGCUUUGCGAUUGAUUGGGAAUUCAUGUGCCGACACUGACGAAAAUAGAACAAUCGUUGUGAAAGGAAACUAUAUUUCUGCUAUCAUCCAACAUCUUCUGAAUCCCGAACUCAUACAGAUAGUAAUACCUGUUAUCUACAAUAUUUGCAUUGAUUUUGAGCCUGCCCAGUCACAACUGGCUUCAAGUAAAAUAGUUUACAUAUUUCUGAAAUUACUAAGGGAGGAUUCAUUCAAGGACAACGAAAAUUUACUCGAUUUUAUCUAUGAGCUCAUAGAACUAACUACGGAGCAAGAACAAGGGAUAGAGUUGUCACCUGAUGAAACCAUCUCGCUUCUUGUUGAUCUUGCCGCCCAUAAGAACGUUGCCCAUACCGCUUCUCGAUUUUCUUGCAUUGCGACUUGCUCGAUGGCAUAUCUCGAUAAUAAACGGUUUCAGGAUAUCUGCAUAACAAAAUACAUGGUAGCUGACAUAUUGUCAAUGCUUAGCAAAUCCUUAAAUUUCGACACAGAAUGGCCCUCCACUGAUGAUAUUCAAGUACUGGCACAGGUUCAGUUAAGGAUCAAUCAAACGCUAGCAGAGAUAUCCGGGGCACCAUUAUUCGCUGAAUACUACCCCCUUGGAUCUGAUCUUUCACGGAUGCUGAGAAGCUGGUUACAGAGAACGGAGGAUCAACUACAGAUCUGCUCCUGUGUCAUGUUAGGAAACUUGGCGCGUUCAGAUGAAACAUGUCAAGCGAUGGUCCGAGACCUGAACAUCCACCGGGAUUUGAUAUCAAUCGUUACGAGUGACGCUAGGGGAGCCGUCCUUCAUGCUGCACUAGGAUUCUUAAAGAAUUUGGCAAUCGCUGGAGAUAAUAGAUUGUAUCUGGGACAGGCUGGUAUCAUCCCUGCGGUCUCCCGUCUCUGGGAAUACGAGACGGUACCACAAGUUCAAUUCGCAGCCACCAGCAUCGUACGGCAGGUUAUCAUUGCUUCAUUUGAAAAUGUAUCACACUUGCUAGAGAUUUCCCCCGGGGAUGAACACCACGGUACUUAUCUCUCACAGUUGCUUUCACUCUUCGAGAAAACGGACUCCACCCCUAUUAGGACUGAAAUUGGACGCAUCAUAGCAUCGAUAUGUCGUACUCUCAUCCCGAAAUCACAUGAACAAAAUGAAAAAGCAGAUGCCACCAUCAAGCAUCUCUUUAGCAUUCAUGAGGCAUUGCCUUCCCAAUAG